AUGGCCGAACCUUUGACACUGAAAGCAUCGGCGAGGGUUUGGUUGUACCACUUGCUUAGUGGCGUGGGUGACUGGGUGGCCAAGCCCUGCGAGAGCGAAUCUCACGCCGACGGCCACCUUGGCGAUGUGGGCGGACCGCUGUUCCUGACACCGCUCAUCGACGCGGGCUUACUGGACAAGGCGCGACACCAGAGCCGCGUAGGCCGGCUACUGGACGACCCCAAGGCAGCCGAGCUGGUCCCCAGUUACGCGGGCUUCCUCACCGUCGACAAAGAGAUGUCGAGUAACAUCUUCUUCUGGUUCUUUCCUGCCAAGGAGAAGCCGGACGACGCCCCCGUGAUUCUGUGGCUUCAGGGAGGGCCAGGUGGUUCAUCUCUGUUCGGCCUAUUCCUUGAGCACGGGCCGUACCGUGUUGUCGAGGAUGAUACCGUUAGGCUGCGAAACACCACGUGGGCGCGACGCUACUCGAUGCUGUACGUGGACAGCCCGGUGGGCGCCGGUUUCAGUUUCACUUGGAGCGAGCGUGGCUACGCCCGGAACCAGCGGCACGUGGCACGCGAUUUGCACGAGGCCCUCCAACAAUUCUUCACGCUUUUUCCUCGGUUCGCCAAGAACGAUUUUUACGUCGUGGGGGAGUCGUACGCAGGCAAAUACGCCACAGCCGUCGCUCACCUCAUCACCACGACCCUCUACUCACGAGUGCACAUCAAGCUGCGUGGGAUCGCCGUCGGUAAUGCCUGGCUAGACCCGGAGACGACACUGGGAUACGCGCAGUUCCUGUACCACAUCGGUCUGGUGGACCGAAGGCAGGCGGACCACAUCCAGCGGGGAACUGAGAGGGCGGUAGCACUCGCCAGACACGGCCGUUUCGCGGACGCCUUCAAGGUGAUGGACCACCUGCUGGAAGGCUUCGAGGCGUCCAUGUCCUACUUCAAGAACGUCAGCGGCAUCUUCACGCCCUACAACUUCUUGCAGACCGACGAGCGGAUGCGCCGAGACUUAGAACUGUACAGGUCUUUCGUGAGAACGCACGACUUCCGGAGAGCCGUGCACGUCGGCAAUGUGGCUUUCAACAGCGGCCGCGAAGCGGCGUCGAAUCUCCUGGCCGACGUGAUGCGGUCCGUAAAGCCGUCGUUCCUCUCGCUUCUCGAGAGGGACUACAAGGUGCUCGUCUACAGCGGCCAGCUGGAUGCGGUCGUGCCGCACACGCUCGCGGUCGACUUCCUCAGCGGCCUGCAGUGGUCGGGAACCGAGUCCUUCGACGCGGCCCGACGCAAGGUGUGGAGGCUGCCGACGCGUGGCUCUGGCGUCGCCGGAUACGUCAAGAGAGCCGGCAACCUGCUCCAAGUGAUGGUCAGGGACGCGGGACAUUUCGUGCCGUACGACCAACCGGAAGCGGCGUUGGACAUGAUGUCGAGGUUCAUAGACGGCACUUCCUUCGAAGAGUACGCGGCCGCCUCUGGGAAGGGACGCACGCGAUUGGACGAUCGUUGAGCAUGUUUGUGCCCGAUUUCUUCUCGCUCUACUGAUACAGCCAGAACAGAUUUCAAACUGGUAGAUGUGAAAUUUAAGGACUGCGUUUCUUGGGAA